CAAUUCAACAAGCAUUUAUCAAAUGAUGGCUUUGUGCUAAGGAUAACCAAAAAAAGAGGAAAUGUCAUCAAGCUUAUAUUAUUGGUAGGGUGGGCACCAUGUCUGUAAAAAAUGAAAUAACUUUCCUGGAGGACUGCCACCUGGGCCUAGGGGAGAAGAAUCAGGAUGGGUGUCUCAUGUGACCCCUGAACUUAGCUUUGAAGAAAGGUGGGGAUUCCACCAGAUGGUGGUGAAAAGAGUGGAAUCCAAGCAUGAGGAACUGCUGAUCCAAAGGCAUGAAGACAGGAAAUGGAAUGUCCUGUGAGGGAACCUAUUUUCUAUUUUGUACAUACGUUGUUUUGUAUAUACUGUAUAUGAUGACUUCAGUGGGCAGUGAACGUUCCCGGGGCACUCGGGACAAAACUCAGAUUUCAACCACACCGAUGACACAGCCACCAAAACAAGUAGUACAGGCAACAGCUGAACAAAUUCGCCUCGCUCAAAUGAUCUAUGAUAAGAAUGAUGCAGACUUUGAAGACAAAGUUAAACAGCUUAUGGAAGUAACAGGGAAAAACCAGGAUGAAUCCAUAGUGGCCCUGCAUGAUUGUAAUGGAGAUGUGAACAGAGCCAUCAACAUAUUGCUGGAAGGGAACUCAGACACGACUUCGUGGGAGACUGUAGGUGGUAAAAAGAAGAGUAUUGGAAAAGAGAGCUCAGAAAACAAAGAGAAUAGAGAAAAGAGAAACGAUAAAGAAACAAAUCGUGUUCGUGGAAGCAACAAUCGCCGGGGAAGAGGUGGCAGUCGUGGCAGAGAAUUUAGAGGUGAAGAGAAUGGCGUCGACUGUAAUCCAGGGGAUAGACCGUCAGAUCGUGGCAAGCGUGGCCGCAUUAGAGGAUUUGGACGCGGGAGAGGGAGAGGAGCAGGGCGUUUCUCAUCCCAAGGCAUGGGGACAUUUAACCCUGCAGACUAUACAGAUUCUUCAGUCACUGAUGGCUUUGGGACAAAACCAGAAGUUUGGGAAGCUGGCCAGAAUGAUACAGAUGAUGGAUCUGAACCAGCACAGAGUGGACAUAAUCUUGCUCAAGACCUGCCAAGGAAAAAUAAUUUUGGACUCAAAGGGGCUUGGAAGAACUCUAUGGAAGAGUGGACAACAGAAGACUGGAAUGAAGAUCUUUCUGAAACGAAGGUAUUCACUGCUUCUUCUGUUCCAGCUGAAAAUCAUGUCUCACCUGGACAAAGCAUUGACUUGGUGGCCUUGCUCCAGAAGCCUUCAACUUCUACCCAAGUCCCAGAAGUCAACUCAUUUGAACCUUCUCAACAGCAGGGUUUUGGCCAAGCCCUGGUCUUCACAAAUUCUCAACACAACACUCAGAUGGCAUCAGGAACUAGCAACUCCAGUACUGUCAACUCUUAUUCUCCCCAAAGUCUGUCUUCAGUUCUUGGUUCUGGGUUUGGAGAGCUCGGUUCCUCAAAGAUGGCAAACCCCACUGGUUCCCAGAUCUUGGACCAAUUGAAAUCUCCAAGUCUGGGCCAAUUCAGCACGCAGAGUUCACAACAAAACAGCACUAGUCCUCCUACCACCACUUCUACUUGGGAUCUUAAACCCCCAGUUCCCCAGUCCUCUAUAAUGAAUCAGUUUGACUUCAAAUCUCAGCCUGAGCCAUCCCCAGUUUUAAGCCAGUUGAGCCAGCGACAGCAACACCAGACCCAGCCCAUCCCUGUUCCUCCUCCUGGAUUGGAGAAUUUCUCCUCCCAGGUAAAACUCCGAGAAAACUCCAGAGACAAUGCCCCAGCUGUGAACAAAAUGCUGCAGCUCCCUAGCAUGUCUGCAGACCACCAAGCAGUGUCAGCUCCGCAAACUCAGCCAAAACAGAUCAAACCCCCAAAACGGAGAGUACCACCAUCUUCCAAGAUCCCUGUGUCUGCAGUGGAAAUGCCAGGAUCAGCGGAUGUUCCAGGGUUAAAUGUUCAGUUUGGAGCUCUGGAAUUUGGAUCGGAACCUUCUCUCCCUGAAUUUGGAUCAGCCUUGAGCAGUGAAACUAGUAAUCAAGCCCAAAUCAGCUUGUAUCCAAAACCUGUAAGUGAUCCUUUGAAUACCUCUUUGCCAAUAUCCAAUACAGUACAGGAGUCGACCUAUACAACCUCCGUCAUCACCUCUUCCAGUUUGACCAACUCAUCUCAGAGCACUAGUCCCGUAACAUCUUCCUCCUACGACCAGAAUUCUGUGCAUAGCAGGAUAGCAUACCAAAGCUCCAUGGCUCCAUCUGAAACAACUUCUAUCGCUGUCACAAAUGGACAUGGUGGUGUUCGAACUCAGCAAACACUAGACACUACUUCAUCUGUUGCAGCACCGAAGACAACGGAAACCUCUCCCUCUCUUCCGACUCUGGGCGCUCUGCCAAGCACAGCUUCCAGUACUACGCUUCUGCCUUCAGCAACCCCACAUACGGCCACACUGCCUUCCUUACCCCAAUCCAGUGACUUGUCAAGUGGCUCCCUCUCUCAGCUAAGCAGUUCAAUGUCCAGCCAUCAGAACAGCCUUUCCUCUGCAUCAUCAGCUCUAUCAUCAAGUACAUCACACACACAUGUGAGUGCUGAGAGUGCGGCCUCGCUUCAGUCCUCUACCACCUUCUCGACUGCUUCAGCCUCUGCUACCAGCACCACCUCUUCAGUUGUCAGCAUGGCCAACAGCAUGAACACUACAAACAGCCUUGGUCUGAGUGUCACCAGCGUCUCUAUGCCGAGUGCAACCUCCAGGGCAGCGCCCUUAGUUUCUUCAGGCAAAGCUCCCCCCAACCUACCCCAAGGUGUCCCACCCCUUCUACAUAACCAGUACAUUGUGGGUCCUGGAGGACUCCUACCUGCCUACCCACAGAUUUAUGGUUAUGAUGAUCUCCAGAUGCUCCAAUCCAGGCUACCAAUGGAUUAUUACGGAAUUACAUUCCCUGCUCCUGCGACCCUCACCGGCAGAGAUGGGAGCCUUGCUAAUAACCCCUACUCAGGUGACGUCACCAAGUUUGGCCGAGGAGACUCCGCCUCCCCCGCCCCCACCACCACGCUGGCUCAGCCCCAGCAGAACCAGUCUCAGACGCACCACACGGCCCAGCAGCCCUUUCUCAACCCCACCCUGCCUCCUGGCUACAGCUACACGGGGCUCCCUUACUACGCAGGGGUGCCCAGCGCCUUCCAGUACGGGCCAACCAUGUUUACGUCCAGCCAGGGCAUCGUCUCCCACGUAGGCCCAGGGGACGUCAGACCGCCUGAAAGGGCCCACCAUUGUGUCUCGCUGCCCCUUCAGGUCCCUCCUGCCUCGGCUAAGCAACACGGAGUGAAUCUGAGCACCGCCACUGCCCCCUUCCAGCAGGCCAGCGGCUAUGGGCAGCACAGCUACGGAGCAGGUUAUGACGACUUGACCCAGGGGACGGCGGCCGGAGAUUACAGCAAAGGAGCCUACAGUGGUUCAUCACCAGCACAAAACAAGUCUGCUGGUUCUGGCCCUGGAAAAGGGGUGUCAGUGACCUCGAGUAACACCGGCGUGCCGGACAUAGCUGGUUCCGUGUACAACAAGACUCAGACAUUCGACAAGCAGGGAUUCCACGCCGGCACCCCGCCGCCCUUCAGCCUGCCUUCGGCUCUGGGCUCCACAGGCCCGCUGACCCCCGGGGCCGCCCCCGGCUAUGCCCCGGCCCCGUUCCUGCAUAUCCUGCCCGCCCACCAGCAGCCCCAUUCCCAGAUGCUGCACCACCACCUGCAGCAGGAUGGCCAGGGUGGCUCUGGCCAGCGUAGCCAGCCCAGCACCCUGCAGCCCAAGUCUCAGGCCACCAAACCCGCCUAUGGCAGUUCUCCAUACUGGACAAACUGAGCCCCCUGGGGGGGAGGGGGACGACACUGGACCUGAGAGGAGAACCAACACACAGACCCAAUCGGGGAGCCCGGCGUCAUUCUAUGGGAAGAUUCACGGAGAAACAGUCACUGUCUCGGCCAAGAGUUCGUCUUGGGGGAGCCUCUAUCUGCCUGCCCCUAAUUCACUGUUGUAUGUAAUAUAUUUAUAUAUGUAUUUGUAAAUGUCCUAGAAGCUUACAUACGUGUGCUGUCUACAGCCUGCAGCUGUGUGCGCUCUCCGUCGGGAAAGAGGAGCCCCCCCUUCCCUGUGUCUUUCCUUUGACCCCCCAACUCUCUGGACUUCCACUCUGUCCCCCCUGCCCACAGGGGUGCGGGAGGAGAGGGUGGGGAUGGGGGAAGGGAGAGGGCCCGCUGCCGGGCGGCUCAGGUGCACGGGGGCCCUGGGACACACGAAGAAUCAUGGUGGUUUGGGGGUCCCCCCCCCCCACUCCACGCCAUUGAGUUUUCGUUCCCUACGUUGGUUUUGCUGUUAAUUUCUUAACCGCCAUUCUGUCCUUGGUCCCGUCCCUCUCUCCCCCCAGCCGGUUGGCGCGCCCUCUGGCCGGAUGACAGCCGCCGGGCCCCUCCCCUCCCGGCCUGGGCUCUGUGCAGGGGAGGCCCCGCCCAUCCCCCCCCCCCCCCCAAACUGUUUUGUACCAUCUGGGCCUCGGCCUGUGUCGUUUCUGAAACUGUCUCCGUCCCCUCUUCGACCCGGCCAACCCCCCAGCCCUCCCCUUGCAAAGAAUGAUCAGACAAAACCCCACAACCCAGCGAGCACGCGGCCACGGCCAGUGGCUGCUCCUCCGUCCCACUUCGGGCGGCCCUUUCAGACGUUUCAUUUCUUUUUCGCCCAAACUCCACAUAAUAAAGUUCUGAGAGUA